AUGAUGCUAUGGAAGCUGAUUUCUCUAUGCCCGUGCGCGGCAGCAGAAGACAUUGAGUGGGAGGAACCAGAUCCUAGUGACGUUGAAGAGGAUUUCUCUAAUGAUGAUGAUGAUGUCUGCCCCAACAUUGAGUUUACUAAAGAGGAGAUCAAAAGUUUCAGGGCACCUUGGUGGGGUUCACUGUUGCUUAAGGUGCUCGGUAGGCGGGUUGGUUACAUGUAUCUUCGCAAGCGUCUUGAAUCCCUCUGGCGACCCGAAAGGAGACAUGUGGCUGUUAGCUUCGGUAGCGACUACUUCUUAGUCAAGUUUGAACAUCUUGAAGAUAGAAGGUUCGCUAGGACAGAGGGUCCACGGAUGGUUCUCGGUCAUUACUUGACUGUGCAUCCUUCGGUUCCUGACUUCGACCCCCAGGAGGUUCAAAUUGACAGAACCGCCGUUUGGUUGCAUAUACCAAAGUUCCCAAUGGAGUACUAUAAUGAAGUUUGCUUGAGGAGAAUCGCUAAUCGAUUGGAAAAGAUUGCCAAGAUUGAUUUCAAUACAAAAGCUGAUGAAAAAGGGAAAUUUGCGAGGCUUUGUGUUGAAGUUAAUCUCAACAGGUGGCUGCGGGCUAAGUUUCGCAUUAGGGGCAAACCAUUCUUGGUGGAGUAUGAAGGCAUUCAUUCGGUGUGCUUUGGCUGUGGUCGUUAG